CACUUUGACGUUUCCGCCUUGCUAUGUUUUUUUAUCUACAGGGACUUUCUAUGAAAAUUUGGGGCUUCAUGUGGAGGUGAAUCAGUAAUCAGUAACUAAGUUCGGGUUUUGAUGAGGUACUUGAGUCUUGACUUUUGAAAUCCAGAGACAUGUCGUCUUUAAGAAAUGUCUUCCGGCGCAGCUGGUCUUGUGAUGAAAAGCUGGAGGGAAAAGUUGUUGUCAUCACCGGAGCAAACACUGGCAUCGGCAAAGAAACUGCCAUUGAUCUGGCAAAGAGAGGGGCAGAAAAGGUGAUCAUAGCAUGCAGGGACAUGGAGAAAGCAAACGCAGCUGUGAAAGACAUCAUCGAAAGCUCAGGCAAUGAAAAUGUCGUUUGCAUGAAACUUGAUUUGUCAGACAGCAAGUCUAUACGAGAAUUUGCUGAAGCCAUCAACAAAGACGAGCCAAAGCUGAACAUCCUCAUCAACAAUGCAGGAGUAAUGGUCUGUCCCUUCGGGAAAACAGCAGAUGGUUUCGAGAUGCAGAUCGGUGUCAAUCACCUGGGUCACUUCCUGUUGACAUAUUUGUUGCUUGACCUGAUUAAAAAGUCGGCACCAGCUAGGAUUAUCAAUGUAUCUUCCAUGGCUCACUCCUGGGGAUCCAUAAAUCUAGAGGACCUCAACAGUGAGAAGCAUUACGACAAGAAUAAAGCCUAUGCUCAAAGCAAGCUAGCCAAUGUCCUCUUCACCCGCUCACUGGCUAAACGAUUAGAAGGCACAGGCGUGACGACCUACUCUCUCCAUCCUGGAGUUGUUCAGACUGAGUUGUGGCGUCAUCUGAACGGCGUCCAGCAGUUCUUCAUGAAGAUGAUCAGUCCUUUUACCAAAAACUCUGUCCAGGGAGCGCAGACAACAAUUUACUGUUCUGUUGACCCAUCAUUGGAGAAGGAGAGUGGCGGAUACUACAGUGACUGUGCUCCUGCUAACUGCUCUGCGGCUGCCAAAGACGACAACGUGGCGGAGAAGCUGUGGGAGCUGAGCUGCAGUUUGCUCUCUUUAACGUGGGACUGAGGCAUUCACAACUGAAAAUAACAUCCUGGCAGUAUAUUCUGUUUCUUUAUUACCUGAUUAUUUUAUUAUAAUGUAGGUAAAAAUGUGCAGUUGUCAUUAUCUAAAUCUGCUUACAGUUUCAGAUUUUUCCAACACUCCUUGUAUGCUGUUUUCAGCAUCAUUUCCUGAGCACUUAUGGGCACACCAAACUUUAAACACUUUAUCUUUAUCUCAACAACACAGCUGUAAAACUUUAUUCUGCACCUUGCAGUUUUGACUUUUUAGUUGUUCCUUGGAAAUAAUUUAUUAUGGUCACAUUUGACUUUGACUCACACAGUGAAACUGGUAACUACACUGUAAUUCUGUGAAUAGCAAGUGUAAGAUCAGUGGAAAUCUUAAAAUCCUGAUUUAUAAAAAUUAAAAGAAGCUUAAAUAUUUUCUUUAUUAACGUUUAAUACAAGGUUUGUAAUUAAUUGGAUACCAUCUGCACGAUAAUCAAUAAUAGACUGUAGUCUUGUUUACAUUGUUUACAAAAACUUUUCUUUUUGCUUUCUGACAUUAAACUGACUCAUGGAGAGCA